UCAAACCUUAGAGAUCGGGGCAGGGUCGUCAACAUUGAUACUUUCCUAAGGUGCGAUAAGCGUCUGGCUAUAAAACGGUAUAGUUUCAAAGAUGUUGAGAAAAUGACAAACAAGUACAGAGAUAAAUUAAGUGAAGGAGGGUUUGGUGCUGUUUACAAAGGGAAGCUAUCUGAUGGGUGUCUGGUUGCGGUCAAGGUUUUGAACAAAGCAAAGGACAAUGGGGAAUCAUUUCUGAAUGAGGUUGUAAGCAUUAGCAGGACUUCCCAUGUUAACAUAGUCACUCUUUUUGGAUUUUGCUUUGAGGGUCGUAAACGAGCUCUGAUCUAUGAGUUUAUGCCAAAUGGAUCUCUAGAGAAGUUCAUUCGUCAAGAAAAUCCAUCAGACUCCAAUCGUCAACUGAACUGGGAAACACUGUACCAAAUUGCAGUUGGCAUAGCUAGAGGAUUAGAGUACCUACAUCAAGGAUGCAACACGCGCAUUUUGCAUUUUGAUAUCAAGCCUCAUAAUAUUCUCUUGGAUGAUGACUUUUGCCCUAAGACAUCUGAUUUUGGCCUUGCAAAAUUGUGUCCAAGAAAAGAGAGUAUGGUUUCAAUGGCAGAUGCAAGGGGAACUAUCGGAUAUAUUGCUCCAGAAGUAUUUUGUAGAAAUAUUGGAAGGGUGUCCCAUAAGUCUGAUGUCUAUAGUUUUGGCAUGAUGGUUCUAGAGAUGGUUGGGGAAAGGGAAAAUGUCAAUGCUGAAUCAAACCAUGGCAGCGAAUAUUUUCCACAGUGGAUUUACAAGCGUCUUGAAUUGGACGAAGAACUUGGAAUUUGGAGCGUAAGGAAUGAGGAUGAUAAACAAAGAGCAAGGAAGAUGAUAGUUGUAGGCUUGUGGUGUAUACAGACUACCCCCUCAAACAGGCCGCCAAUGAGUAAACUGCUAGAGAUGUUGCAAGGGAACCUUGAUUCCUUAGAAUUUCCACCCAAGCCUUUCUUUUCUUCUCCUCCGAGGUUAUCUACUGAGGUUGAUGUGGAUUCCCCAAGUUCAUUGAUUCCAUACCAGAUACCAUAGCAGAGUGAUUUCAUUGUACUGUAAAGUGUUGGUUGGUAUUGUGUUUCUAUUCAAGUGGACUGUAAUUGAAGUUUGUACCCCAUUAAAAAAAUAGUCUUUCUAAU